AUGGCGCAGCCAUCAACGCCGGGCGCCGACGGUUUACCCUCACUCUUUGGUGGCCCUGCUGGCACCUCGUCUUCCAUCACACUUCUUCCGCCACAGGCUUUACCUCCUCCGCCACCAGCAUCAGCUGCUGCCGCCUCCGCAGCAUUGUAUACGCCCAUGGCUUCUCAUACGACCACGCCGCUCUCUGCGAACUCAUCCAGCAAUACUUUUGUCAUGCCAAACUCGCCUCUGAAGAACAGGCCAAUAAUCGAUGGAAAUUAUCGCCCCAAGGUCAUCAGGACACUGGGCCAAAGGCCAGCGUGCUUGGUGAAUGCCUCGGUCACAUACUGCAGCAAUAAUUCCAUAUAUGCCUUCGGAGGAUUUGAUCAGUAUACGGAUGAAGUUUACAAUCAUGUCUUGCGCUUGGAUCUUUCCAGUCAUCAAUGGAGUUUGGUAGACAACUACGGGGACAUUCCAGGGGUCAGAAUGGGACACACUGCCACUCUUUACCAAGGUGACAAGCUACUAGUGUUUGGCGGCGAAAACGAACAUCGUACCUAUCUAUCCGACCUUAUAAUCUUCGACCUCAAGACGGCUCAUUGGACACAACCUCAAGUCGCUGGUCCGGUACCCAAAGGUCGAGCCCGUCACGCUGCUGUGCUACAUGAGGACAAGCUGUUUAUUGUUGGUGGCAUUACAGGCCAUGAUAACUACGUCCUCGACGACAUUUGCUAUUUGGACCUCAAAACUUUUACCUGGUCAAAAGCCUGGCGCUUUGUUGGCCGAUUUGACCACUCUGCUCACAUUUGGAAUGACAGAGUGUGGGUUUUUGGCGGCUUGUCUGAAGACAUGGAUAAAAUUGGCGAUCUCUGGUGGCUUGACCUGAAGGGCAGUCCAGCUUUCGAUACUCCUCCUCAAGUUGGCUCCUCGGACCGUCACACGGCCAUGGGUAGGGCCACUGGCUCGCCUCGUCAACCGUACUCGAUGAGCGGCACAGGAGUGAUUGGCGCCUCGGGUUACGCAGCUAACUCCCGAACCGCGCAAGUGAGCACUCCGUCAUUCCAGUUGAAAUCAUAUGCUCCCAUGGCACCUGGUGCCAUAUCGGAUCUCAAGUUUGUGUCUGGGCCGAACGUUCCUUCUCAAGGCUCCGGUGUUCAUUAUCAUCUCUAUUCUUCCGGGACGCUUCUCGAUUUUGUCACGCCUGCAGCGACCAUCACUUCGAAAGACUGUUCGUUAUCGGCACUAGACCUCGGUAGUCUGCGAUGGCAGAAGCUGGCCGAGGGCCGAGAAAUCUUUAGACCUGGCUACCGCUGGCAUUACUGUACCAUGAACGAAGACGGCACAAAAGCCUGGCUCCUUGGUUGCCCCGAAACCUCGGGAGAGAUGGGCCCUAGUGGCUUGGAGGAGUUUCUAAGUGACAUUGUGGAAAUAGAUCUGCGACGUUAUGGCUUCUUGGGAAGCAACGUGACCGAGCCUCGGCCAGAGUUAUCGUCAAGACCUUCGUCUCACCGAGUUGUCCAGCAGCCAUCCAAAGGCCUUGGGCAUGACUUGGUACGACUAUUCAACCAACCUCCAGAGUCUGGCAGCGGCACAGACUUUAUUAUUACUGCUCUAGCUGGCGAGUACGAAGACGAUGACAUGAUGAGCUCAGGUCACGUUCGUGCUGGAGAAACAGAGCAGAACUGGCUCGCGCCGGACGCGCCGACAUCCCCUCCUAUUCACGUGCACAAGUUGAUCCUUCAGGCACGCUGGCCGCAUUUUGCAAGGCUCUACAAUGCUCAGAUGGCCGAGUUUCACACAAAGAAGAUGCAUAUUCCUGAGCCUUAUAGCGUUGUAGUAGCCUUCCUCCGUUACUUGUACACAGAUAGUAUACACGUCGACGACGGAGUGACGGAGCUCGCAGAUGUGGCUGGUUUAUUGGUCAUGUCUAACAUCUACAAUAUCCCGCAUCUGCGCCUGCUCUGCGUCAACCGACUUUCCAAGGAGCUCGACGUUGUUCACGCCUGCAUCAUUUGGUAUUGUGCCGGCCUGGCUAACGAGGAAUGGCUCAGAAAACGCGCCGCGGCCUUCUGCUUGACCAACUGGGGUCGAAUCGUCCGUACGCCCGGUUUCCUCAAGCUACCACGCAAUGCCCUGGUCGAACUCUCUCAAGAAAUCGAUAUGGAGGGCCGCGUCAUUGGUGGUGAGGAAGUUGAAUAUGUGGACGGUGUUCACGGACGCUACGAUAACUGCAUGUCGCGUAAGGACAGCAUGAGCAGUGAUCGGACUCAGGCAUUACCGUCUGAUAUGGAUGAUUCGGAGGGCAUGGAUCUUGCCUAA